AAUAAUAUUAUGAACGGGUACAUUUAAAGGGCGACACAGCUCAUACUUAAACUGUUUUGAGAAACGUUAUUAAACUGUCGAUUCUACGAUUCUUUAUUUUUCUUGUGUAAAAUAUUGUGCACAUUCUGAGAAGUAUUUUUUAUUAUUCCAACAACCUUCCUUUCCCCCCCAGCUUUUUUUAAAGUCAUGAGAUGUGUGACCGACACAGUUCAGUGGUCAGGCUAGCCGUCAGCCGGAUGACGUCGGUGCAAAUGUAGCUAUGCUUGUCACUGGAUGUUGAUUUACUUCAAAUAUGGUUCUGCUAUAUCCUCGUUUGCACUGUAAAGUUUGCUGAGAAUACGGACGGUUGAUAUGACAGUCUGUCCCUCUGACACAGGUAGCAAUCGGACCCAGUAGAAGCGAACGCCAUCACCAUGUACUCGGAGUGGAGGUCUCUGCACCUGGUGGUGCAGAGCGACCAGGGCCACCUGAGUGUCCUUCACUCGUACCCUCCGGCAGUUGGGCGCGAUGUGGCCAAUGCAGUGGUUAAACCCCUGGGGGUGACCCUGGGCACUCCGUCCACUGACAGCCUGCUCAAGACCGACAAAGAGGUGAAGUGGACGAUGGAGGUGCUGUGCUACGGCCUGACUCUGCCUCUGGACGGGGACACGGUCAAGCUGUGCGUGGACGUCUACACGGACUGGAUCAUGGCGCUGAUCACUCCUCGCGAAUCCAUCCCCCAGCCCAUCGUCAAGGAGCCCAACCUCUACGUGCAGACCAUCCUCAAACACCUCUACAACCUCUUCAUGCCCAGGCCGGAGCACUACAGCCCCAUGCACUUCCGCUUGUGCCAACAGGUGCUGACGGCAGUGUUGAAGCUGGCCAGGGAGUCGGGCAGCGGCAUGGCCCGCGAGACCUGGGAGGUGUUGCUGCUCUUCCUGCUGCGCAUCAAUGACACUCUGCUAGCCCCGCCCACUGUUGGAGGUGGGAUUGCGGAGAAGCUGGCUGAGAAGCUGAUCAGCGUUCUGUUUGAGGUGUGGUUCAUGGCCUGCACACGUUGCUUCCCCACACCGCCCUACUGGAAGACUGCCAGGGAGAUGCUGGCCAACUGGAGGCACCACCCGCCCGUGGUGGAGCAGUGGAGCAAGGUCAUCGCUGCUCUCACUUCCAGACUGUUACGGUUCACCUACGGUCCGUCCUUCCCUCCGUUCAAAGUCCUAGAGGAGGACGCCAACCUCAUCCCUAUUGAGAUGGACAACGACUGUGUGGCUCAGACCUGGUUCCGCUUUCUGCACAUGCUGAGUAACCCGGUGGAUCUCAGCAGCCCUUUGACGGUCAGCUCCACGCCAAAAUUCCAGGAGCAGCUGCUGGGGGUGACCGGCGUGCCCCAGGAGGUGAUCCAGCAUCACCCCUGCCUCAAGCAGCUGCCCCAGAUCUUUUUCAGGGCCAUGAGGGGGAUCAGUUGCCUGGUGGAUGCCUUCCUGGGUAUCGGGGUCGCAAAGAGAGAGAUUCGAGAGAAACUGCCCUCUUAUGAAACAGCACUAGUGUCUCUCUCCCCGUCAGGAGUGACAGUUUCUCCUAGGAGCAAUAUACGUGACAGACUUCCCUCUCUAGGUGCCGCCGUGUCUAGGAACAAUUUCCGAGAAAGGCUUCAUUCGAUUCCCUCCUAUGGUAUCUCCCGCCCCCGGUCGGACAGUGCCCCACCCACCCCUGUCAACAGACUGAGCGUACCGCCGCCUCCCACCUCCACCAACACCACGCCCCCUCACAGCCGCCGCAACAAACCCACGGGGGUCAUCAAGACGGCCAGUAAAACCUCCACAGCGAGCAUGACUCACCAACCCAAAGUGUCCUACCAGCCGUCCUCCACCUCUCCCUUGUCCAGCCCCAACCUGACCAGCUCUGAGCCCCGGCCGCUGCCCGCCCCCACCAGGCCCAAGGUCAACAGUGUCCUCAAUCUGUUUGGCCAGUGGCUGUUUGACGCCGCGCUGGUGCACUGCAAGCUCCACACGGGCCUGAGCCGAGACAACAGCUUGACUGCCCUGGCCACUCAGGCAGGCGUGGAGCCGAGGAGGCAGGGAUCCCUGAUGUCCACAGACACCAUGGUAUCCAACCCCAUGUUCGAUGCCAACGAGUUCCCCGACAACUAUGAGUCGGGCCGGGCCGAGGCCUGUGGAACCCUCUGCAGGAUCUUCUGCAGCAAGAAGACCGGCGAGGAGAUCCUCCCCGUUUACCUGUCCAGGUUCUACAUGAUUCUGAUUCAGGGCCUCCAGAUCUCUGACUACAUCUGCCGACCGGUCCUGGCCAGCAUCAUCCUCAACUCUUCAGCCCUCUUCUGCUCCGACCUGGAGGGCAUCAACGUGGUGGUCCCCUACUUCAUUUCUGCUCUGGAGAACAUCCUCCCUGACCGAGAGCUGUCAAAGUUUAAGACCUAUGUGAACCCCACAGACCUGAGGAGAGCCUCCAUCAACAUCCUGAUGUCCAUGCUGCCUCUGCCACACCACUUUGGCAACGUCAAGUCAGAGGUGCUCUUGGAGGGCAAGUUUAGCAAUGACGACAACUCUCUGCACGACAAGGCUGUCUCCUUCGUCUCUCUCAAGCUGCGAUUGGUCAACAUCCUAAUAGGAGCGCUCCAGACGGAGACCGACCCCACCAACACACAGAUGAUCCUGGGUGCGAUGCUCAACAUUGUCCAAGACUCUGCUCUCCUGGAGUCCACUGGUGCCCAAGCAGAGGUGGGCAUUGUGGAUGGCAGCAAUGCACUGGCCAAGAGCCACAGCAGGAACAACAGUGGCAUCAGCAACACCAGCGGGGGCAGCUCUGAAGCCACCACCCCUGACAGAGAGAGGCCCACCCAGGCCCUCCUCCGAGACUACGCUCUCCAUACAGAUGCAGCGGCCGGCUUGCUGAUCCGCAGCAUCCACCUGGUCACCCAGAGGCUCAACUCCCAGUGGAGGCCUGACAUGAGCAUCUCCCUGGCUGCUCUGGAGCUGCUAGCCGGCCUGGCCAAGGUGAGGACGAGUGUGGAGUCUGCAGACCGUAAACGUGCGGUCAGCUCGGUGUGUGGUUACAUCGUGUACCAGUGCAGCCGGCCUGCCCCCCUCCACUCCAGAGACCUCCACUCUAUGAUCGUGGCAGCCUUCCAGUGUCUGUGUGUGUGGCUGACAGAACACCCUGACAUGCUCAAUGAAAAGGACUGUUUGAUAGAGGUCCUGGAGAUCGUGGAACUGGGCAUAUCUGGCAGCAAGUCCAAGACGGGUGACCAGGAGGUGCGCUACAAAGGGGACAAGGAGCACAACCCGGCCUCCAUGAGGGUGAAGGAUGCUGCUGAGGCCACCCUGUCAUGUAUAAUGCAAGUCCUGGGGGCGUUCCCGUCGCCUAGUGGCCCCGCCUCCCCCUGCAGCCUGCUGAACGAGGACACCCUGAUCAAGUACUCCAGGCUGACCUCCACCAGUCACAAGAACUUCCGCUACUUUGUCCUGGACAACUCUGUCAUCCUGGCCAUGCUGGAGCAGCCGAUGGGCAACGAACAGAAUCCCUGUCCGUCCGUGACCAUGUUGAUCAGGGGGAUGUCCGGGAGACACGCCUGGACCAUGCAGCUCUUCCAUCAGCCCAGGGAGGCCCGCGCCAGCCACAAGCAGGUGUAUGUCCCAGAGAGCCGGCCCACUCCCAAAAAUGAUGUGGGGAUCCGGUUCAACGUCAAACACAGACCCUUCCCUGAAGAAGUGGACAAAAUUCCAUUUGUGAAAGCGGACCUAAGCAUUCCAGACCUGCACGAUAUUGUAGAUGAGGAGCUGGAGAUGCAGCACAACAAGCUGUGUGGUGUGAUGGCCAAGCAGACUGAGUAUGAAACAACACUGGAGCACAGCAGCGAGGAGCGCUGGUGCAACAAGAGCUUCCCAGACCCGCUGACGGACUGCAAGCCCCCACCGCCCUCUCAAGAGUUCCAGACCGCCCGCCUUUUCCUGUCGCACUUUGGCUUCCUAUCGCUGGAGGCUCUCAAGGAGCCCGGCAACAGUCGCCUACCUCCCCACCUGAUUGCACUGGACUCUGGGUUGCCUGGCUUCUUUGAUGACAUGAGCUACCUGGACCUGCUGCCCUGCCGGCCCUGUGACACAGUCUUCCUCUUCUACAUGAAGGCUGGCCAGAAGAGCAGCCAGGAGAUCCUGAGGAAUGUGGAGUCUAGCUCCAAUGUGCAGCACCACUUCCUGGAGUUCCUGCUGUCGCUGGGCUGGCCCGUGGAGGUGGGGCAGCACCCGGGCUGGACAGGCAGUGUCUACACCAGCUGGUCCAUCAACAAGAACAACAACAAUAAUGUAGACAGCAACCCACCAGAUGACAUGGUCACCCUGGGAGACACGGGUGGGGGCGUGUUCAACGGAGAGAAGCGGGUGCUGUACUAUGCAGACGCCUUGACCGAAAUUGCCUUCGUUGUUCCCUCGCUCACAGAGUCCACCGCGGAGUCAUCAGAGAACAGUUUCCCUACGGGAGAGCCAGACUCUCAGAUGGACCUGCUGCCCAGCCUGCUGAAACAGUCCAACCUCACACUGGACCUCUUCCCCAACCACUCUGACAACGUGGCCCCUGGGCAGAGGAGUCCCACGGUGAAGUCUAAGAAGAUGCCUCCUGGCAGGACUAUCCCCCUAAUGGGCCCUGAGACCAAAGUACUGGUUGUCUGGGUGGAGCGCUACGACGAUAUCGAUAACUUUCCUCUGGCUGACCUGCUGGUAGAGACGAGCACUGGAGUGGAGACCACGGCCAACAGUAGCACAUCCACAAGGCCCACGUCAUCAGGUCAGGAUGUGCAGGUGAUCUUCGUCCACCCUUUGAGGACUGGCCUGUUCCGGAUCCGCCUGCACGGGGCCCUGGGCAAGUUCAGCAUGGUCGUCCCCCUGGUGGACGGCAUGGUGGUCAGCAGGAGGUCACUAGGGUUCCUGGUGAGACAGACGGUGAUCAACGCGUGCCGGCGGAAGCGACUGGAGAGUGACUCGUACAACCCGCCGCACGUGCGUCGGAAACAGAAGAUCGCUGAGGUGGUGAACCGCUACCGCAACAAGCAGCUGGAGCCCGAGUUCUACACCUCCCUCUUCCAGGAGGUAGAGGAGCGCAGCCUCAACCGGUGAACUUUCACCUUUCACCUCACUCCCCCACACAGAGAGAGACUGACACAAGGACUGCAAAGAUUCUAUAUAACAAAUGUUUUUUUGUUUGUUAUGUAUAUUAUGAGCAAGUUGCGAUUCAACAAUUUAUUUUUAUUUCUAUGCUGACUCACCGCAGCCACGGCACCUGACCAUCUUAGUUUUUCCCACCCUGCGCCACAACACUGCUUAUUUGCCACUUACUGUAUUUCUGUCUGGACUUCACAGGAGGUUGGUGGCACCUUAAUUGGGGAGGACGGGCUCGUGGUAAUGACUGGAGCGGAAUAGCUGGAAUGGUAUCAAAAAUAUCAAACACAUGGUUUCCAGGUGUUUGAAGCCAUUCCAUUUGCACCGUUUCAGCCUUUAUUGUGAGCCGUCCUCCCCUCAGCAGCCUCCACUGCUAGACUCACGACAAAUUGUCGGACUCUGAUGGGUUGUGGUAGGCACUCACCUCACCUGGCUGCGAGGCUUCAGACUGUCAUCAGAGGGAACAUACUCAGUGACUUUAGACUUGUGACGUGGCAAAGAGAUUGCCGUCGGCACUCAAAAUGGCUUCCACUCUAUGCCUGUUACCAGUUCCCACAGCCGUAUCACUGUGGUUUUUGAAGUCCAGUUCUUCUGUUUGCUUUUCUAUGAAACGCAUUGGUCUUUGCAUUUUACCAUAUCUAACGUUGUGUUUGUUGUUGUUGGUCUGGAGCGAAAUAGACCGGUCAAAACAUCAGAAAAAUGUACUUUCAUCUAAAAAAAAAAAGGACAUUACAUUUUUUUUAUUUACAGAACUCAAAUCUCACUUCAGUCAAUGGUCAUUUUUGACUUACCUAGUGACUUAGUUUUCUCUUCCCACAUACACACUUGUGCCAGUUAGCGAGAGAGUGUGGAAAUGUACUUUUACUUAAAAUCUCAGGUAGAUUGAGCCUUUUUAUACUCAUCGGCAUCUGGGUUGUAAUCAUAAGCUACAAAACAGGCGAACUAAACGAACUGAAUGAGAUGGGAGGGUCAACCAGAACUUCCAAUCAGUCCAAUGAGAAACGUUUGUUUUGUUUUCCGUUGUACAGUGUUUUGCUAAAAAUGUGCCCUAAUGAAUGCGACCGUGGUCCUUGUACUCAAUGCACUCCCAACCAACUGACCUCGUUUUAGGCAUUAUUCACUUUUAAACCUGUGGCAUUUCACAUUCACUGCAUCUGAUGGUAGAAUUCAGGAUAUAUAUAUAUAUUGGUUUGGAUAAAAAAAACAUUCACUUGGUUUGUUUCUUUCCAUAUCAAAUUAAAAAUAUUUGAAAAAUACAUUUUGAUUGGUGAUAUUAAGGGUGAGUUUCACUUUAAUAGUCACAGUUGAAAACAUGAUCUUCUUUGGUGAUUUAAAAAAUGAUUUGUCAUGAGUACUGUGUUUAACAUCCCAUUCCAGAUGUGACAUCACAGACUAGAGAACCUGAUACAUACCGCCAUGUGUCCAUAAUCUUUUUGUUUUAUGUCCAGCCUAAAACCAAAUUCAGAGCAUUAAAUCACUAGUGUGUCGUGGCAGAGGUUGUACUUCUUCUUUUUUUUCGCCAAUUAGUGUCUUUAUUUGUACUUGAUUUUAUUCCAGACAACAUAACAGGGCUGAAACACAGUUUUAUGGAGCCAUUUAAAAAAUGAUCUAUUAAGGGUUGGAUAAAUAAAAUACAAUUUGAUUUGAUUUGGCUACUACUGGCGUCCUGUUCAUACCCCCCGUGUAUGUAACUGGGUCUGUCUAAAACACAGAUUUUAUAUGUUAUUAUUUUUUUACAAUAUGGAAAAUAAUCCGGAACUAUAUUUCUUUUGCAUGAUAUUUGCCGUGGUGAUCCACCCGAGCCAUUUAUACUUUCAGGAAAUAAGGUUUCCUCCACUUUCGUUCCAUAGAUUGCUAAUUUUGUGUUUCAUUUUGGAAUGAUUUCCAUUUUCUUGACUGUUAAGGAAAAUAUGAAUUGUACUAAACUAUUGAAACCUUACUGUAUCUGGGGAAGCUAAAGGCUCACUUGAGUUAUUUAUAUUUCUCCAGAAUAAUAUUACUGUCAUUUCCGGUUACAUUCUUAUUAGCAAUUAACAAGUCCUGUGUUUGAGGAUCAAAUAUGCAGUAAAAUGUUAGUCUGGUCCCAGAUCUGUUUGUGCUGUAUAGCCAACUCCUAGGGUUGUUAGCAACUUCAAGAGUUUGUGCUUUCCAGCACAACCUGAUCUGUGACCAGGCCAGUAAAAUGUCACUUCAGGCAUGACUUUUGCUGUCCAUUUACUAGUGUUAACUGUUUUGAAUAUGGAAUGUCUAACCUAUUGCUGAUUUUCAAAUGGCCUCAAUGAAUUUAAAUUCUCAAUUGAAUUGAUACUCUAGCCUGCCAUUGUGCUCUGCAAAUAUUCUACAAUCUCGAUGGUGCCACGUGAAUUGAAUUAGAUUUUUACCCCGUUCCUCAGAAACCACUCAUUUAUUCUGUAAAUGUUGAAGGUAUCAACUUGUAUGAAGUUGGAAGAUGUGUACAUACUGAGGGUGUGAAAGUAUAUUUUGUUCAUCUGUCCCUCCGUUAGGAAAGGCACAAAAUCUGCUUGUUUGUAUUGGUCUUAUUAUAUGCGUGUCGAAAACAAACUCAUUGGAUAUUGAAUGUAACCCAAUGUAACGAAUAAAGAUUGAUUCACUUAUU